GAGGCGGCGCGCCCCUGUAGCGCCGCGUGGGCGGACAUGCCCAGCUGCGACGCGGAGUGCGUGCUGCUGGCCGGGCUGCUGCGGCGUGCCCCGCCGCGGAGUGGGGCCUGCGCGCGGAGGGAUCGAGGACCGGCGCCCCGCGCUCGCGGUGGACCUCGUCAUCGCCUCGCGGGGCGCCGCGGGCCUGCUCCGCGGCGCCGCGGGGCGCAGCAGCCUGCGGCUCGCCGGGCCCUGGGAGCCCGGCGCGCGCCCGGGGCCGCCGGGGCCGCGGUGCUGCCCGGCCGCGCCGUGGCUGUGGCUCGCCGCCUGCGCCGCGCCCGUGGUGCUGCUGCGGGAGCGCGAGCACGCGCACGCGAGGCAAGAGGGCUUCCCCGGCGCCCUGAGCCCGCAGCAUCCGCUGAAGGCGCUCACCUUUGCGGAGCGCGCCGCGCUGCUUGCCGACAGGGGCGCCCUGGAGGCCGCAGGCGGGUUCCAGCUGCUGUAGCUCGCCGUCGAGAGAGUGACGAAUCGGACACCGCUCCUGGGAGCGACGGUGCAGUACAGUCUUCGCCGCGCCCGACAUCUUCCUGCUUACAGGUCAUCCCGGCGCAGCGCGUGGCGAGAAAACCUAUAGCCAUUACCGUCGUCGUCGUCGUCGUCGUCGUCGUCGUCGUCGUCGUCGUCGUCGCUGGGUGCUCCCUGCGCCGGCUGUCCGUCGUUCUGCGCCCUCGCGGCGCCGACCUGGCAGCGAGCCUCGGGGCUCUGCGCGACUUUUGUGCAGGCGUGCGCGCCGCGGGUUCCUCUUCGGUCUCCGCGGGGAGUGCUGGCCGGAGGCGCUUGAUGUUUUGACGGAGUCGCGGCGUUUCGCUCCCCU